AUGGCGGGAGAGACCAAGAUUUGCGGGCCGAUACUGCUCCACUCGCAUCAGCUUGGUCAACGAUUCUAUCUGGGUGGACCACAAAUCUCGUCGUUCCGUGGAGAAGAGCGAGCGUCAGAGUCAGAAGCGCACAGCCGACGAGAGCCCGAAGACUGGGUAGCGUCGACGACAUGUUGUGCUGGACAUGACUCGCUCGGUCUCACGCGUCUUGGCCAGACAGACACACUUCUGGUGGAUGAAAUCGGUGCGGAUCCGGUCGCAUGGCUCGGAAGUGCUCACGUCGCCAAGUACGGCAGCGACACAAAGCUGCUCGUCAAGCUGCUCGAUGCGGGUCAGCGACUGCCCAUCCAUGCACACCCGCACGUCGACUGGGCGCGAAUGCACCUGGCGCGCAACCACGGCAAGGCGGAAGCUUGGCACAUGUUGACGGGUGGUGAUGUCUAUCUGGGUCUCAAGGAGCAUGUGACCGCAGCCAGGCUGUUGGACAUGGUGGAUGCGCAAGACAUCCAAGCUAUGCUGCAGCUCCUGCAUCGAGUCGAGGUGCAACGAGGCGAUACAGUAUACGUGCCUCCUGGAAUGCUCCACGCGAUCGGCCAAGGCAUCCUGUUGGUCGAGGUGCAGGAACCCGAAGAUAUGAGCAUCCUGCUCGAGUGGAGUCACUUCCAGCUCGACGGUCGCAAACACGGACAUCUCGGAUUAGGCUUUGCAAAAGCGAUUACCGCGAUCGACACGAGCGCACUGAGCCACGAGCAACUGGACCAGCUCGUGGUGCGAGCCCAAACCAGCACCACUAGUAACCUGCUAUCCGAACACGCGCUCGAGUACUUUCGAAUGGACAAGUUUUACAGCGAUGUCGAGCUGGAUGCGGGGUUCCAGGUGGUUGUAGUGUUGAGUGGCGAGGUCGAGGUUAGCGUGCGCUCAACCGACCAGGCAGCAGUGAUACUCAAAGGCGGAAGUACCGCGCUAUUGCGACAUGCUGACGGCAGCGUCGCGUUCAAGGUGCGCCAGCCCACCGAGUUUCUUGUCAUUCGUCCUCCUUUGUAG